AUGGAAGAAAAAACAGAUAAUAAGGAUACUCAUCUACUUGAGAAAAAUGAUGUUCCACAGCCAAUUGAUGAAGAUAAUUCAAAGACAACAGAUGUGGACCUGAGUUCGGAUGAGAAGAAAGAGAACGAUGCUGCUAACAAAAGUGAAGAUGCCUCUCAGAACGAAGAAGAAGCGACCAACCCCUUGAAAAAUAUUGAAGAUGAAAAGGCAGCUACUACUAAGGAUGUGAUGGAGGAUGAGGAAGAGCAGCCUCCCUUGCCUGCGAGAAAGAAGCCUGAAGAGAGCCCAUCAAAGGAGAAUCCAAUAUUGCAAGAUUUGAAGGAUGCGUUUCCCAAUUUGGAUGAAAAAUACGUUAAAGCAGUCAUCAUUGCAUCUCAGGGAGCUUUGGAUCCCGCUUUCAAUGCUCUAUUGUUCCUAUCGGAUCCCGAAUCGGGCAAAGACAUCGAACUACCAACACAACCUGUGAGGAAGAUGUUAGAGACACCGGCUAGAAGGCAUCAAACCCAAUUGGAACAAGAUGAACUAUUAGCUCGUCAGUUAGAUGAACAGUUCAAUAGCUCGCAUUCCCGUCGUCGUCGUCGUGACCGUACAGCUAAAAGCGCACACGAACAGCGUCCAAAGGACAGACCGGCAAGGCGUCAGAACCCCCUGUCUCCCAAUGAAAGGGGAGAGUAUGGCGAUAAUGCCGAGGAAGAAGAGGAUUCGUGGUCUCAAUUUGUAGAAAAGGACUUGCCCGAGCUCACCGACAGAGCUGGUCGCUCUUUACAGGACACGGCGAACAAAGUCAGUAGCUGGAUAAGUGAUGCUUACAGGAAAAACUUCGCUUCAGGUAAUGAGCAAAACAACAGCCAGUAUGGCCAACAAGAUCAACAAGAAGAAUGGGAGCCAGAAAUUGUGGACUUUUCGCAAAGUGGAAAGAAGACAAGACCACAACAACCUGAGAGAAGGAGAUUCAACUCCUUUGGUGCUCAAAUCGGGGAGGACUCUUUAGAAAGCCACGGGAUUACAUUACACAACGAGGGCGGACUUGAGGAUGAUGAAGAUGUCCCACCCCAACUGCCAACAAGAACAAAAUCCGGCGAAUCAAUCGGAAAAGUAGUGGCGGAGACUGCCUAUAUUGAUACUCCCGAUACAGAAACCAAGAAAAAAUGGCAGCCACUGUCACCGGAGCCACUGGACACUACACCAACUAAAGUGAACGCCGUUUCAAGAAAUAAGAAGAAUCCGGAUGAGGAUGAAUUCUUAAUCAACAGCGACGAUGAAAUGUGA